GUCGCCGCCACUACGUUUCUGCAAUUGUCGCUAAUGAAUAAUUCAUCGUCGCGUAGAGGUAUUUCUAGUGUCAUUAUUAUAAUAUUACGAUAUUUUGAAAAUCGGCGAUCGCUCGUUCACUCGGUAAGCGUGCGAAAUCGUUUACGAAAUAUUAUAAUAUAUCGCGCCGUGCCACUUAUCGUCGUCACUACACGAUAAUUUUAUUGUCGUUUUUGAAAUAUUCCUUGACGCGCGGUAGACGUUAUCGGCGGCGGCGACAAACGAUCUCAACGAUAAUAAUACAGAACGUUUUACGAAUCGCGACGGCAUUAAUAUUUUAUUGCGUAUACGACGACGACGCGUCCCGUCACGUCACACAUACGGCCCAGGUCGCUCGUCGUGACUAUGACCGUCGCCCUGGCCGUGUGCAGAGCCGCGACGCUGCUGGCGGCCGCCGCGGCGGUGAUGGGCCGUCUGAAGCCCGUCGACGACCGCUGGCCGGCGGCGUAUCGCCGCGACAUGUCGACGGUGAUCGCGGUGUGCCGCAUGACCGCCCUGGACUUGGCCCAACAGCCGUUCGCCAUGUCCGUGGUCGCGUUGGGACCGACGCCCGACGGGUUCCUGAGCGCGGUGCACGACCUGGUGGGCACGGCCGUACUGGUGCACGCGCCGGCCACGGAUCGCGGCCCGGACGAGACGCGAGGCGCCGACGCCGGCGACGGCCGGGCGGCGCUGGUGAUCGUCGAACGGCGGCCGGUGGACGCCGUGCUGGGGCUGAUCGACGACUGGGACCAGAAGUCGCACUACGUCGUGUGGCUGAUCCGGCCGGGCGCGGCGGUCGAACGGUCGGCGGUCAAGACGCUGUUCCGGGCCGCCUGGCGACGCAAGUCCGUGGCCAACGUGGUGAUAAUCGCGCACGGGGUGGCGUUCACGUACAACCCGUUCAGGAACGUGGUCACCGCGCCGGUGAACGCGACCGGGCUGCGCGCGGUCGGCCGCUCGAGGAUGACCGACCUGAACGGACUUCCGGUGCGCAUAUGCAUGUUCCCCAAGCGGCUCAAGGCGGUCAAGCUGCCGGACGGCUCGUACGGCGGGAUGGACGGCAUCGUCGCGGCCACGGUGGCCAAGCACAUGAACUUCACGCCCGUCUACAGCGAGCCCAGCGACGGCCUCAAGUACGGCUGGGCCGAGGCCAACUCAGAAUCCGUCGGCUCCGAGUCCCACCACCCCGCGGCCGCCAACGACACGGGCACCGACUCCAACUUCACGUACACCGGCCUGUUGGGCGAUUUGGUGUACAACAAGGUGGACAUGGCGUUCAACGGAGUGUUUCUCGACGCUUACGAAUCCAACAACACGAUCCAAUACACGACACCGGUGAUGUUCGAUGAGCUGUGUUUCGUCGUGCCCAAGGCGCAACAGAUGAGUCAAUGGCGGGCUAUAUUUACGGCGUUCGACGUGCGACUUUGGUACUGUUUAGCCGGUUCGUUCGUUGUAGCUUUGAGCGCGUGGACUCUUAUACGGCGUACGACGAAUACACCGUACACGCUCACACUUCUGUCCAUCAAUCUGUUCAGAGUUUUUUUAAUGGUGCCGCUCAAUCGAGUGCCGAGCAACAUUUCCGAACGUUUAAUGGUCGUGUCCACCGUUCUGUUCGGAUUCAUCAUGGCUACCAGUCUGCAAGCGGUCAUGGUCAAGUAUCUGAGCUAUCCGAAGUACGAACGGGACGUCGCCACCGUGCAAGAACUAUACGACACCGGUAUGCCAGUGCUAUCGGCUUCCAACAACCUCAUAUUGCUAUUUUUGUCCGACGAGAGACCGGUGUACGUGAAAAUGUCAGAUCGAUUUUCAAUCAUCAACAACAAGUCCAUGGACAUACUCGGCGAAGUGGCGAGCAAACGGACCUCGGCUGCGAUCGGGAGGAAAAACGAUCUGGUGGAAAAAAUCGCCAGCUCGUACGUGGAAAACAACGAAGUGCUGUUGCACAUAGUGGACGAAUGUCCACGGUCGUUCCACAUCGUCUACCUGGUCCGCAAAGACGUGCCGUUCAUAAAAGUCGUGGACCGCGUAAUCACCACGUUCGUGGAGAGCGGUAUCGUCAACAGUUGGUUUAUGCACGCCAAACCGUUCAGGCCGAUAUCCGAUUACCAUCAUCGCAAAGACCCGCACAAAGUGUUCACCAUGAAGAACGUGGUGAUCGCGUUCAUGUGCCUCAUGAUCGGAUUGAUCGCGAGCGGAAUCGCUUUCGUCGCGGAACUCGUCUACUUCCACAAGUUUGCCGGCACGGAAGACUCGCGCACCCACACCCGCAGCUACCCGAGGAAGAAAAAUAAUAUUUUGUUCACCCCAACCGCUAAACGGUUUUACUACGAAUAACGCUCGCAUAAUAUUAUAUCGCAUAAUAAUAUGAUAUUACGUUCGGGUCGUGAACUCGUAGGUACAUAUUAAUAUAUUAUAAUAAAUGCACGUAUUGUAAUAUUAAUAUUGUAGAGUUCACCCCGUCAGAUAUUUACUGUUGAUCAACAUUCGACCGAGCGAAUUGUGUACACGGGUAACACCGCACUUGAUUAAUACGCAUUCUAUUACUGGGAUUGGGUAGGCACUGCGUAACUCUGCACUCCAUUAUAAUAUAGGUAGUAAUAUUAUUAUUUUAUAAUAUGAUCUUAGGUCAACAAUUUUAAAAUCGAAAAUUAUAAAAGUUGUACGAUAACGGCGUAACGUCAAUAACAAAGUAAUAUGAAUAAAGAUGAUGUAGAUACCUACUAAUAAAAAAAAAAAAAAACUAAACCAAUAUAUCCAACUAUUGUUUGUUUAUUUAACUAUAAUACUA